GAAGUUCAAUCCAAAAAAAAAAAGGGAAUCGAAGUCAAAGUCAACUCUCUCUCUCUAAAAUCUCAUCUUCCUUGUUAAUCCUUUUCUCUGUUUGCUCCGGAUCAAUCAACCCUUUUCUCUGCCAUAAUCCUCUGUUUCUACUUUCAUGCAAGAAACGAUGUCUGUUAUUGGUAGUGCUGCUUUGUCUGCGCUCUUUCAGGUGCUUUUUGAAAAGAUUGCCUCCUCAGAGUUGCUGAAAUUUGCUCGUGAGAAGCAAGUUCUUGCUCAGAUUAACAAGUGGGAGAAAAUGUUACUCCAAAUCAAUGCUGUGCUUGACGAUGCCGAGGACAAGCAGACUGCUAAUCGAUCGGUGAAGAUUUGGCUCACCAACCUCAAAUGCUUGGCUUACGAUGUGGAGGACGUCUUGGAUGAAUUUGCUACUCAAUGUUUGGGACGCCACUUGAUGGGAUUGGGAGAUCCUCAACCCACCACUAGUAAGCUUCAAAAAUUCCUUCCCACUUGUUGUACUAGUUUCAAUCCGAAAAUUAUCAUGUUUAAUUCCAAGAUGAUGACCAAGAUAGAGGAAAUCACUACCAGAUUAGAAGAUAUUGUAGCCCAGAGAAAUGACUUAGAUUUGAGAGAGAACGUUGGAAAGAUGUCUAAAAAGCUCUAUCAACCACCACCCACUACGUGUUUGCAAAAUGAACCGCAGGUGUACGGAAGAGAUGAAGAUAAAAGGAGAAUUCUCGAUUUGCUGUUAAGGGAUGGAACCGCUGAUCCAAAGGUUUCUGUGAUACCCAUUGUUGGAAUGGGUGGGGUUGGUAAAACAACACUUGCCCGGCUUGUGUACCAUGAUAAAGCAUCCCAACAUUUUGAUGCAAAAGCAUGGGUUUGUGUCUCAGAUGAAUUUGAUAUUAUGAGAAUAACAAAGGCCAUUCUUGAAUCAAUCACUUGGCAGCCUUGUGAUCUGAAGGAGUUGAAUCAAGUUCAACUGAAGUUGUCCAAGGAAUUAGCUGGAAAACAGUUUCUCAUAGUUUUAGAUGAUGUUUGGAGUGAGAGCUAUGAAGAUUGGAAUACCUUAAGUUCCCCAUUUAUGGAUGGAGCUCAAGGAAGUAAAGUCAUUAUAACAACACGCAGUACAGUUGUUGCACAAAUGAUGGGAACUGUUGACAGUCAUGCUUUGACUUGUAUUUCGGAUGAUGAUUGCUGGUUAUUGUUUUCUAGGCAUGCUUUUGAAAAUAGAAGUAUUAUUGCAUAUCCAAAUUUGGAAACCCUACGCGAAAGAGCCAUAUACAGGUGUGGAGGCUUGCCUUUGGCAGCAAAGACUUUGGGUGGCCUUUUUCGGGGAAAAGAUGCCAGUGAAUGGGACAAUUUAUUGAACAGCAAAAUAUGGAAUUUGCAAGGUGUUGAUGGUGAUGUUCUUCCUGUGUUAAGAUUAAGUUACUAUCAUCUCCCUUCAUAUUUAAAGAGGUGUUUUGCAUACUGUGCAAUUCUUCCAAAAGAUUAUGAAUUUGAGGAAAAGGAACUAGUCCUUCUAUGGAUGGCAGAAGGUUUGAUUCAGCAAACGGGCAAUGAAAAGCACAUGGAAGAUAUAGGUCUUGAGUAUUUCCGUGAUCUAUCAGCCAGAUCACUCUUUCAAGCAUCAGGCAAUGGUGAAUCUCAAUUUGUAAUGCAUGACCUUGUAAAUGAUCUUGCACAAAGGGUUGCUGGGGAGACAUGUUUUAGAUUAGAGGAUGAAUUGGUGUUUGGUGAACAAUUCAAAAAGGAAAGAGCACGUCACUCUUCUUACAUUCGAGGCUAUUGUGAUGGCAUCAAAAGAUUCAAACCUUUUCACAAGACCAACUGUUUGAGAACCUUCCUACCCCUAUCACUAAGUUAUGAAGAAAGCUAUAUAGCAAAUGACAUCCCUUCUAAUUUGUUGUCAAAGCUAGGAUGUUUAAGGGUGCUAUCUUUUAGUCAUUACCACAUCACUGAGCUGCCAGAUUCAAUUGGUGACUUGAAACAUUUGAGGUAUCUUAACCUUUCAUACACUAAAAUCAGAGCAUUACCUGAGUCAACAACUUCUCUGUGGAAUUUACAAACCUUGAUAUUGGAAGAAUGUUCAUGUCUCAAAGAAUUGCCUUCAAAAAUAGGAAAUUUGAUCAAUCUACGUCAUCUUGAUAUUACAAAUGUUAAUUUAGAAAAAGGGAUACCAUUGGGAGUCAAAGAACUUAAAAGUCUUCUAACUUUGUCUAAUUUUCCUUUGGGCAAAGAUUGUGGAGCUGAUCUAGCAAUUUUGAUGAACUUAAAAUUUCUUCGAGGGGCACUUCAUAUCUCAAGGUUGGAGAAUGUGACUGAUGCUUUGCUUGUGAGGGAAGCCAACUUAAUGGAUAAGAAGUACUUGGACACUUUGUUGCUAGAAUGGAAGUACAAUAUUACAAGAGCAGACAGUCUUGAUAGAGCUGUUCUUGCUGGGCUGCAACCUCAUAGAAACCUAAAAAAGCUCUCUGUAAUGGGCUAUGCUGGUACAACAUUUCCAUCAUGGAUUGGAGACUCUUUGUUACAUAAUCUGGAGUUUCUAAGGUUAGAGAAUUGCAAGAAAUGCGCAUCCUUGCCACUUCUUGGGUUGCUACCUUCUCUCAAAGAACUCGUUGUCAAAGGGAUGUCUAGUAUAAAAAGGAUUGAUCAUGAAUUUUGUGGGGAGAGUUACUUAAAUACUUUUCCAACUCUUGAGACUCUACGCUUUAUGAAUAUGCCGGAGUGGGAAGACUGGAAUACAAGUGGACUUGAAUUCCCUUGUUUGCAAGAGCUUGCCAUUGAAGAUUGUCCCAAACUAUCAGGAAAAUUACCUAACCAUCUUCCUUUGCUAAAAAAGCUUGUGAUAAGAGAAUGUGAGCAGUUUGUUGUUUUACUUCCAAGUCUCCCAGUGAUCUCUGUGUUGGAAAUUGAAAGAUGCAAAGAGGUGGAUUGUGGAUGUAUAGUUGAAUUUGGCUCACUAAAUUCUAUGGUACUUUCAGAAAUUUCAAAGUUCUCGUUUCUUUCUAAGGGGUUCAUCCAGGGUUUAAAAAAGGCCAAAGAUUUGAGUGUUAUUGGAGAUCCAUUUCCUUCUCUACCAUCUUUUGUUUUCAAUGUGGUUGAGGAAGAAAAAGAGGAGAUGCUGCCACAGGAGCCAACAGGUAGUCAACUUGAAACACUGAAAUUAACUAAUUGUGAAAGCCUGCUACCCUACGGGUCUCUCAAUCUCAUGUGCAUUAGGGAGCUGACAAUUGAAGACUGCCCAAGACUUGUUUCCUUUCCAGAAGCUGGUUUUCCUUCUACACUGAGAGUGCUUGAGAUUAGCAACUGCAAUUCCCUAGCUUCAUUCCCUGAUGCCAUGACUUACAAUAGUGUGUAUCUUGAAGAACUGCGAAUUGAAAGGUGUAAUCUCCUGAUGUCCCUUGGAAGGGGCCAGCUACCUCCAACUCUAAAACGUCUGAUGAUAAAAUUUUGCCAUAAUUUGCAAAGCUUGCUUUAUGAGGCUGAGGAUGAGGAUGAGGAGAGUUUCAGUUCUUGUGGAAACACAUUUAGUCUUGUCCUUCUGUCAAUUGAGGCAUGCCCAUCUCUUACAUUGUUAUCCUCAAGAGGCGGGUUACCUUCUUCCCUAAAGCACCUCUGGAUUUCCCAUUGUUCGGAGCUCACAUCCUUAUCACCAAGUGCCAAAUUACCAGCCAGGCUUGAAUACCUCCAAGUCUGGAAUUGUUCAGGUCUUACUUCCUUGUCGUCCGGAGAUAAUUUACCAGCCAGUCUUAAACACCUAGAGAUUUGGUAUUGCUCAAAGUUGGAGUCGAUAGCUGAGAGGUUUGACAACAAUGCAUCACUUGAAAGGAUUUCAAUUAGAAAUUGUGAUAAUCUUAAAUCUUUGCCUAGCAACUUGCACAAGCUUAUCAAUCUCCAUUAUAUAAGUUUAUCCGGUUGGCCAAGUCUUGUUUCUUUCCCAUGGCAAGUGUUGCCUGCCACCUACUCAGAAGAACAUCAGGUGGAAAGAGAGAAGAAAUUUGAGGGCCUUCUAGAUGGGAUACACGAGCUUACCUCUCUUCACACAUUGCUGUUAAAUAAUUGUCCAGGCAUAGUAUCCUUUCCAGAAGGAGGUCUUCCCACCAACUUGACAUCACUUUAUAUUUGUCAUCUCAAGAUCUGUAAACCAUUGUUUGAAUGGGGUUUGCACAGACUCACAUCUCUUACAGAACUUCAUAUUCUUGAAUGUUCUGAUGUGGUGUCCUUUCCUGAUGAUGAGAUAGGAAUGAUGUUGCCUACUUCUCUUACCCACCUGUCCCUUGGAGAAUUUGCAAAUCUGGGAUACCUCUCCACCAAGGGGUUUGAAAACCUUGCCUCACUUGAAUAUCUCUGUGUCUAUGAUUGCCCCAAGCUUGCCUUCCUUCCAAAGAAUGGUCUCCCUUCCUCACUUAUGAAACUGUAUAUCAAUAAUUGUCCUCUGUUAAAAGAGAGGUGCCAGAAUGGCAACAGACCAGAGUGGUUCAAGAUAGCCAACAUUCCCCACAUCAAGAUGGAUAAUAGAUCGUAGAUGUCUUUCACACUGAAAAUGGCCCUGAACUGAAGAAGAAAAUAGUAGUGAACCUGUGGACAGAGAAUGGAAGAAUUAUAGCUGGUAUUGGUUUCAGUCUAGGCCAGGGACCGACUUUGAUGGAAGCAAAAGGAAUAGUGAUGGAGGUUUCUCAGUUUUCCUUUCAUUUUCAAAUUUGCAAGCUUUUCAUACCUCGUAUGGUGGUUCACUUUUCAAAAUUACAAUCUGGGCCAAACCGAUCAGUAAAACUAGUUUGAGAAGCUGUCAGGUCAUCAGGGACUGACUUAAGUUGCAGGAUAGGGACAGAGAAGCUGGUUAUAUCAUUCUUUUUUAAAGAAUCAAAGAAGGGGAAUUGCUGAUUCUUCAAAGCUUCCUAUCUUACCUGUCUGCUGGAUAUCUUCAGUGGGAGAGGUUGUCAAAACUUUUUGGUUGAUUUAGUCAUGUAAAGCGUAGACAUACGGAGGCUCCAGUUGGACAAGUAGAGCACAUUAGGUUAGAGGAUAAAAAGAAAAGAAGGGGUAGACCUAAAUUGACUUUGAGGAGAGUAGUACAACAUGACCUAGAAGUAUUACACAUUUCCGAGGAUUUAACCCAAAAUUAUUUAGAGUAGAGAAAGAGAAUCCAUAUAGCCGACCCAAAAUUUUUUGGAUAAAAGCUUAGAUGAGUUGAGUUGAGUUGUAUCAACUCAAGACAGCAGCAAACCCUCCAUUGAACUUUCAGACCAUGGAGUAAACCGAAUGCACAGUAUUAUUUUCAUUGUCGUAAGUUCUUCACCUUAGCCCUUCAUUGUUUUAACUUGCAAAAGUGAAACAUGAGUGUUAAUUUGUAAACAUUGCCAAUUAUGUUGUUUUGGAAUUAUUUUGUAAAUUUGUGAACAUUGUCAAUUUUGAUACCCAAUUGGGAUCAUAAGGUUGCAGCUCAUCAAAGACUUGACAAUAGGAAGUUAUUUCAUCAUUAUCUUUGGUGAUGGUAUCUUUUCAAGAUGAAUGAUGCUGCUGAUGCAAUCUGUUUUUGUUGCACGUUUUAGGAAUCUAGAUAAACUUUUCUCUGAAGGUCCCAAGUCUCAAAUCUUUUGAAUGUUUAACCAGAGGAUACACCCUAGUGAAAGUAGAAGAUGCAUUUCCUGCCUCUACAGCUAAAGCUGUGCUCUGAUGGAACAAUCAACAUAAGAGGCAGAAACAAAGAUUGGAAGCCCAUAAGAAUUGCAGCAACAUAUUUGAUACAGACAUAUUGAAGGACUGACAAAGGUGGGCAUUUGGAGAACAUUUGCUGUGCGUGAAAGACUGGUUGCUUCUAUGGCCUAAGUUUCUCUACCCUUUUGCCUCUCUUCUAUCUUCUGUGAUUAUUGAAAGGAAACCUUUCCUAUUUUUACAGUGCUGUAUACUAAGAUUUCUUGUAAGAUAAUAUGAAGUCCUGGUUAAACAUGCUGCAAUUAGCAACUAGUCAACUUAUUCCUUUGUAUUUCAAGAGGAAAUGUACUUCUGUUCUUUUGCCUU